CCGCUUCUUCCUCCCCCGCUCCACCAGACCACCGCCGUCUUUCCUUCUCUCUCUGACACUACACAGAAAUCCCCGGCCUUUUCUUUAGCUGUGUUGUGAAUUUGUGUUUUUUGCUGUCAUGGGCGUGGAGGUCGUCGUCUCCGGUGGCGGGGUGGUGGAGGCGGCGGCGCCGGCGAAGGAGAUGGUGGUGAGCGCGAAGGAGGAGGCGGCCGUGGUUGCCAAGAACCCGUCGUUCAGGGAGGAGAGCAACCUGGUGGGCGAUUUGAAGGAGAGCGAGAAGAAGGCGCUCGCCGAGCUCCGCGCCAAGGUCGAGGCGGCCAUCGUCGAGGGGAAGCUGUUCGAGGACACCAGCAAGGUGAAGGCGGAGGAGAAGAAGGUGGGGAAGAAGAAGGAGAGUAAGAAGAAGGCGGAGCCCGUCGAGGAGAAGAAAGCGGAGACCGUCGAGGAGAAGGAGGAGGAAGCAGCCGAGGAGAAGAAGGACGAAGCAGCCGAGGAGAAGAAGGAGGAAACAGAGGAGAAGAAGACAGAGGAAGAAGCAGAGGUGGCCAAGGAGAAGAAGGAAGGGGAAGAAGGAGAGCAGGAACCAGCCGCCGUCAAGGAGGAAGCCGGCGAUAAUGGCGAGAAGAAGGAGGAGGAGGCGGCAGCCGUCGUUAAGGACGAAGCCGCCGAUAAUGGCGAGGCGGCGGCGGCUGUCGUCGUUGUCGACAAGGAGAUCUCCCUGUGGGGAGUCCCGCUGCUGCCGAGCAAGGGAGACGAGGCCACGGACACCGUCCUCCUCAAGUUCCUCCGCGCCCGCGACUUCAAGGCCGGCGCCGCCUUCGAGAUGCUCCGGCGCACGCUCCGCUGGCGCCGGGAGUGGAGGAGCCUCGCCGCCACCGCCUCCGACUCCGACGAGGAGCUCUUCCCUGCCGCCGCGUGCUUCCUCGACGGACUGGACCGGGAAGGCCACCCGGUGUGCUACAACGAUCUGGGCGCGCUCGCCGACGAGGCCGUGUACCGGAAGGCGCUGGGCGACGAGGCCGGCAAGGCCAGGUUCCUCCGGUGGAGGGUGCGCGCCAUGGACAGCCAUGUCGCCGAGCUCGACUUCCGCGGCGCCGGCGGGGUGACUUCGCUGCUGCAGGUGACGGAUCUGAAGAACUCGCCCGGCCCGGCCAAGAAGGACUUCCGCGUCGCCAUGAAGCAGCUGCUCGACCUCUUCCAGGACAACUAUCCCGAGCUCGUCGCCAGAAACAUCCUGAUCAACGUGCCGUUCUCCUACUACGCGUUCAGCACGCUCUUCUACCCGUUCCUGACGCAGAGGACCAAGAGCAAGUUCGUCAUUGCUCGCCCCUCCAAGGUCACCGAGACCCUCCUCAAGUACAUUCCGAUUGAGUCCAUCCCAGUGAAGUACGGCGGGCUGAAGCGCGACGGCGACACCGAAUUCUCUGCCGCCGACAGCGAGGUCACCGAGCUCGUCGUCAAGGGAAGCUCCACUGAGACCAUCGAGAUCGAAGCAGCAGAGGGAGACACCACCCUGACAUGGGACCUGACGGUCCUGGGCUGGGAGGUGAACUACAAGGAGGAGUUCGUACCGGCCGACGAGGGCUCCUACACCAUCAUCGUCAGGAAGGGAAAGAAGAUGGGGGCCUCCGAGGCGGCGGUGCGCAACUCGUUCCGCGCCAAUGAGCCCGGGAAGGUGGUGAUCACCGUCGAGAACCCGACGCGACAGAAGAAGAAGGUGCUGUUCAGGCACAAGGCCAAGAGCUUCUCCGCCAAGAAGUGCUGAGGAAUGGAAAAAAAAAAUUAUUGGGCCUUUGGCCAUGUCUGUGAUGAGGGGAAUUCUUUGGGUGUGUUAUGUAUUCAACAUUCGUUAUAUUCUUUUGUGAGGAUAGUACAUUGUUGUUGUUCGGCGAUUAUUCAUUCUGUUGGCUGUGUUGUGCUGUGACAUUGUCUGAGAAUGAAAUAUAAGGGAAUCAGAAUUAUUGAAGAA